AACCUUGUAUUGAUUUGGUCCUGUGUAUUGAUUUUUCAAGAUGGGACAGUUCUAUUAUUAUUUUUCAUUUAAUGUUUAGAUAAAAGCCUAAUUUCCUUUUCAAAAUGGGCACCCAAAAGCCCGGGGAAUGGGCCAAUUCCCUGAUAGCGCGUUUUGAAGAACAGCUACCAUACAAGACCGGAGCGCAGAGCCUGCAUACCCGGCUGACUGAAGAGCAGUGCAAGGCCUGCCUCGUGCAGAUCAGCCGGCACCGCUUCUCGCUCGUCAUCGCCGGCCUCACCAAGAUCCUGCAGCGGAUCAACGAGCAGGUAAGCAUGAGCGAGCGAGACAGAGUUCUAAGGUCCACGAGCAGGCUGACGGAGGAGCAGUGCAAGGCCUGCCUCGUGCAGAUCAGCCGGCACCGCUUCUCGCUCGUCAUCGCCGGCCUCACCAAGAUCCUGCAGCGGAUCAACGAGCAGUACCAACCGACGCUAUCCUCAUCAAGCGUCAGCCGUUCCUCCGAACUAGACAAAGGCUACCACGACAGUCUGGUGAUAGUGCUGGACACGCUGGAGAUAUGCCUCAGCUCGCAACCGAAGGACACCACCAAGUACGACGAGGCUAUGAACGUCAAGAUACUACUAAGGGAGGUGUGCCAGUUUAUUGGCCUACUGGACACGCUGGAGAUAUGCCUCAGCUCGCAACCGAAGGACACCACCAAGUACGACGAGGCUAUGAACGUCAAGAUACUGCUGAGGGAGGUGUGCCAGUUUAUUGGCUACCACGACAGCCUGGUGAUAGUGCUGGACACGCUGGAGAUAUGCCUCAGCUCGCAACCGAAGGACACCACCAAGUACGACGAGGCUAUGAACGUCAAGAUACUGCUGAGGGAGGUGUGCCAGUUUAUUGACAUGCGCAACGAGAGCACAGUAAACAACGUAGAGCUGAGGCAGUUGUCUUCGAAGGUCCUAUUCGCGCUCAGCCUGAACUUCUUCAACGCUGUGUUUAAUAGGAUCAGCGCUAGGUUACAGGAAGUCGCAUCCAGCUCAGAAGAAAACCCCGAUUAUACAGACAUAGAGUUAAUUCAGCACAUCAACGUCGAUAUACUGAGGCUUAUUCGGCUGCUCACAGAGUCCAUACAAAAGUUUAAGCUGUUGAGAAAAUCAGCGCACAUAGUCCUAGUGGCUUCACUCGAGAAAGCUAUAUGGAAUUGGAUGGACACUUACCCACAGGAAUUCGCUGAAGUCCAGUGCCGGCCUAACGACGAACUCAGCAAAUGCUGCGACACACUAUUCGACAUUUUACAAGACAGUUUCUCGGACAACAAGAAGUCGCGAGUCGCCAUGUGGCCUCUGCAAGUCAUGCUGCUUGUGCUUAACCCCAAAGUUCUAGAAGAAAUAGUGAACGCCGACAGCGGAGCGCCCUGCAGCCCGCGGCAUACGAAGAAGAAGCUCUUUAUAGACUCUGUUAAGAGAGGACUCAGUCCCCAAAACAAUUCGAAGCAAAUGACGGAAGCUGCGGUGGUGACGUGCGUGAAGCUAUGCAAGGCGUCCACGUAUCUCAACAUCGCUGACUCCGGCAACGUCACGUUCGUGCUCGUCAAGUCCGUCAUCAACGACCUCAAGUCGCUCCUCUUCAAUCCUUCAAAAUCUUACAUCCGGGGCAACCUGAUAUCCGGCUACUCGGAAUUGGACCUUAUGACCGACUGCUUCGUGUCACUUUUCCGCAUUAUGCCGCACAAUAAUGACGCACUCAAAGUGUGUCUCAAUUUGAACACACAUUUGUCUUACCACUACGUCAUCGUCAAUUCGCUGCUUCGGAUUAUCAAGCAGCCCAGGCUGCCUUGGUGGCCUCAGAUCGAGCUGCUAUACCCUCGCGCGGCAGAACUGAGGGCUAUGUUUACUGACACGUUGAAUAAGGCUACACAGGGCUACAUAGUCCACACUCCGCUUCGCAUGAUAUCGCUCUCGCUCAAGUCCAAGGAGGUGCAGUCCAAGUUCAACCGCUCGGAGGAGAUGCCUGCCUACAGGAACCUUCUGCUCAGCAUGGUGCGGCUCAUACACGCCGACCCUAUGCUGAUGCUGAGCAACCCAGGCCGCUCCGGCAUCGAGAUCCAAUCGUCCACUACCGAACUGAUCAACGGGCUCGUAUCGUUGGUCCACCAAGCGGGCAUGGGCGAGAUAUCGCAGGAGGCGAUGGACGCGCUGCUGGCGCUGCAUCGACCCGACCGCGUGCACAUGUGGCACCCGGACGCGCCCGAGAACACCUUCUGGGACAUCAGCUCGCAAGUCCUCUACAACAUCAGUCAGAAGCUGAUCCAGCGUCAGAUCGGCAACUACCGCGAGGUUCUGCGCUGGUUGCGCGACAUUCUGACUUGUCGCAACGACUUCCUUGCUAAACACAAGGACUACGCCAACCAGGGAUCACAGCUGCCUAUAUGCAAACAGGCGCAUAUAAAACUGGAGGUGGUAUUCUUCAUGUGCCUAUGGUCGAUCGAUACCGACGUGGUGUUAGUCGGCAUGUCGUGCUUCGCCCUACUGUGCCAGGAGGCCGACAUCCGCUGCGGAUCCGAUGAGAUCACCACGCAGUGUCUGCUGCCGAACUAUGCUGUGUUUCAGGAGAUAGCACAUACCUCCACCGUGCUUACUACAGCCUCUCAGGAUAUGGGAAGGGGAUGCUUCUACAAGAAUAAUAUACAGAGUUCGGCAGCGCUACAGAAGCGUAUAAUGGCGUUGCUAAGGAAAAUUGAGCACUGCGUCAAUGGAGUGCAGCCUGUAUGGGAAGAGACCUUCAGGAAUUGGGACUCCCUAUGCAAGAUACUCCAGAAAUAUCCCAAGGGACAAGGCGACAAGAUGGACGAAUGCCAAAUGGAAGCCUUGCACAGAGCCGUUGCUAAGCGACGGGUAUCCCAUCAUACGAGCAGCGAACACGACUUUGAGAUGCAAAUCCAAGAGUGGGCUAACAUCACAUCGUUCUUAUGCGCUCUAGGCGGCGUCUGCUUACAGCGUCGGCCGUCCACCGUGUGGUCAUAUCUGCAUAGUCACGAUUCCCGAAAAUACAACGUUCUUGCAAACAGCUCGCAGGAAGUUCAGUACUGUCCGGUUACUCAAUUCAUAGGGCAGUUACUCCGACUCUUGCUAUGCAGUAACGAACGCUUCGGCCACCAGAUACAAACCCACGUCAAAGAGUUAGUCGGUCACGAAAUGUCGCCGGCACUGUACCCGACACUGUUUGACCAAAUAAAGGCUAUCAUUGACAAGUUCUUCGAUCAGCAGCAACAGAUACAAACCAACGUGAAAGAGUUAGUCGGUCACGAAAUGUCGCCGGCACUGUACCCGACACUGUUUGACCAAAUAAAGGCUAUCAUUGACAAGUUCUUCGAUCAGCAGCAACAGGUGAUGCUAACAGACAUCAACACGCAGUUUGUAGAGCACACCAUCUUCAUCAUGAAGAGCAUCCUCGACAACAAGAAGAGUGGCCAGCCCUCAGAACCUCUCAGCACCACCUCCAUUGAGGGACUUAUGCUGGCUAUAGUCAGAUACGUCCGCCACCUGGACAUGACAGUGCUGUCUGUUCACAUCAAGACGAAGCUCUGCCAAGUGGUGGAGGCCAUGAUGAAGAGGCGCGACGACCUCGCUUUCAGACAGGAGAUGAAGUUCCGCAACAAGAUGGUGGAAUACGUCACGGACUGGGUUCUCGGAACCAGCCACCAGAUAGCGCCACCGCUGCGGCCCGACUCGUCGACUAUUAGCAGGGAGCUUGAUCAAGCGUGCAUGGAGGCAGUCGCAGCGCUGUUGAAAGGCCUACCGCUUCAACCUGAAGAGUCUGAUAGAGGGGAUCUGAUGGAAGCUAAAAGCCAACUGUUUCUCAAGUACUUCACUCUGUUCAUGAACUUGCUGAACGACUGCAACGAGGUGGAAUUGGCCGAGGGUCCGGGACGGUUGGAGCCGUUACGCACUGCUACCAUCCAGGCAAUGUCCAAUCUACUGAGCGCUAACAUCGACUCGGGACUUAUGCAUAGCAUCGACCUAGGCUACCACCGCGACCUGCAGACCAGGGCAGCGUUCAUGGAAGUCCUGACGAAGAUCCUGCACCAAGGGACAGAGUUCGACACCCUGGCGGAAACCGUCUUGGCAGACCGGUUCGAACAGCUGGUGCAGUUGGUCACCAUGAUUUCUGAUAAGGGUGAACUGCCAAUCGCAAUGGCCCUAGCCAACGUGGUCAGCACUUCUCAAAUGGACGAACUGGCCCGCGUGUUCGUGACUCUGUUCGACGCUAAGCACCUACUUGCUCCGCUGUUGUGGAACAUAUUCUAUAGAGAAGUCGAGGUAUCAGACUGUAUGCAGACACUAUUCCGCGGCAACUCGCUCGGCAGCAAGGUGAUGGCGUUCUGCUUCAAGAUAUACGGCCAUGAGUACCUUCAGGGCUUGCUGGAGCCAUUGGUGUUGACGCUGUUGGAUCAGUUUGAUGGUCAGACUGAUUUUAGCUUCGAAGUUGACCCCGCUAGACUGGAUCCGAGCCAAGAUAUCGAAGUGAACCGCACCAACCUGAUCGAACUCACAAAAGAAGUAUUCGAUCGCAUCGUCAACUCUGCGGACAAAUUCCCUCCGCAGUUGAGGAGCAUGUGCCACUGUCUUUACCAGGUACUCAGCAAGCGUUUCGCUCAGUUCCCACAGACAAGCGUGGGUGCUGUUGGCACCGUUUUAUUCUUGAGAUUCAUCAAUCCAGCUAUUGUGUCUCCUCAAGAAAUGGGCAUCGUCAGCCGUCCCGUGCCAGCGAAACUGAAGCGAGGCCUGAUGCUGAUGUCUAAGAUACUUCAGAACAUCGCGAACCACGUGGAAUUCUCUAAAGAGCAACACAUGCUGCCUUUCAACGACUUCCUGCGGGCGCACUUUGAGACUGGACGAAAGUUCUUCAUCCAAAUAGCCUCAGACUGCGAGAGCGUGGAUCAAACAUCCCACAACCUGUCCUUCAUUACGGAUGCUAACGUGGUUGCCCUACACAGACUGCUAUGGAACCAUCAGGAGAGAAUAGGGGACUAUCUCUCUUGCAGCAGAGACCAUAAGGCAGUAGGACGGAGGCCUUUUGAUAAGAUGGCAACUCUCCUUGCAUACCUGGGACCACCAGAGCACAAGCCCGUAGAAUCUAGUUCCGGCUUACUCUUCUCAUCAUACGCCCGCUGGUCCUCCAUCGACAUGUCCUCGACCAACUUCGAGGAGUUCAUAGUGAAGCACAACAUGCACGAGAAGGAAGAGUUCAAGAGCAUCAAGAGCCUGAACAUAUUCUACCAGGCGGGCACCAGCAAGCUGGGCAACCCCGUGUUCUACUUCAUCUCUAGGAGAUACAAGAUCGGCGAAGUGAACGCAGACCUGCUGAUCUACCACGUCAUCCUGACUCUGAAGCCGUUCUGCCAGCAGCCGUUCGAGCUGAUAGUAGACUUCACGCACACCAACUCGGAUAACAGGUUUAGGACUGACUUCCUUCAGAAAUGGUUCACCGUACUACCGGAGGUGGCGUAUAUAAAUAUACACGCCUGCUACAUAUACAACUGCAACAGCUGGGUUAGGGAAUAUACGAAGUUCCAUGACACCAUAUUAGCACCGCUGCGGGGCAACCGAAAGCUGGUCUUCAUAGACAACCACAGCCGUCUUAGCGAGUUCGUUGAUGUCGAACAACAGAAGCUGCCCGGAGCGACGCUGGCGUUGGAAGAGGACCUUAAAGUGUUCAGCAAUGCACUGAAACUGUCGCAUAAGGACACUAAAGUCGCUAUUAAGGUGGGGCCCACAGCGCUUCAGAUUACCUCGGUGGAGAAGACCAAAGUACUGGGCUUGCCAGUCCUGUUAAAUGAUGUGUACUACGCAUCAGAAAUUGACGAGGUGUGCCUAGUGGAUGACAAUCAGUUCUCCCUCUCAAUCAUCAACGAAGGAACGCCUCUGAGCUUCAUACACAAUGACUGCGAUAACAUAGUGCAGUCCAUCAUACAUAUCAGGAACAGAUGGGAGCUGAGCCAGCCGGAUUCAGUGACGGUCCACCAGAAGAUUCGCCCCAAAGAUGUGCCGGGCACGUUGCUCAACAUGGCUCUUUUGAAUCUCGGGUCGUGCGACCCCAACCUUCGGACGGCGGCCUAUAACCAGCUCUGUGCGUUAACUACCACCUUUCAUUUGAAGAUUGAGGGACAGCUGAUGACUUCGUCGGGCUACGGUCUUUGCAUCCCGUCAAAUAACACAAUCUUCAUCAAGUCCAUCAGCGAGAAACUGGCUCACAACGAACCGCAUUUGACUCUAGAGUUUUUGGAAGAAUGCAUUCAGGGCUUCAGGGGAUCUACGAUUGAACUGAAGCAUUUGUGUUUGGAGUACAUGACUCCAUGGCUAGCCAAUAUGGUCAGAUUCUGCAAGCCGACCGACGAGUCCCGCCGGCAGAAGCAGGUGGCCCAAAUUCUGGAGAAGCUCAUCACCCUCACUAUAGAGGAGACGGAAAUGUACCCAUCGGUCCAGGCCAAGAUAUGGGGCUCCAUCGGGCAGGUGUCCGAGCUAAUUGACAUGGUGUUGGAUAGCUUCAUACAGCGGAGCGUCAACUCGGGACUCGGUUCCCCAAUGGUGGAGAUAAUGGCCGACACCGCGGUUGCGCUGGCUUCAGCCAACGUGCAGCUGGUCAGCAAGAAGAUCAUCGGCCGAGUUUGUCGGGUGGUGGACAAGACCUGUCACGCGCCUACUGCGAUGCUGGAGCAGCAUAUGAUGUGGGACGACAUCGCUAUACUGGCCAGAUACCUGUUGAUGCUGUCCUUCAACAACUGCCUCGACGUGGCUCGCCACCUGCCAUACUUGUUCCAUACCGUGACGUUCCUCGUGUGCUCCGGGACGGUGUCCAUGCGCGCCGCCACUCACGGGCUCGUGGUCAACAUCAUACACUCGCUGUGCACCUGCACGUCGCCGGGCUUCAUUGCACACCUGUCCCGCCCCGUGACGUUCCUCGUGUGCUCCGGGACGGUGUCCAUGCGCGCCGCCACUCACGGGCUCGUGGUCAACAUCAUACACUCGCUGUGCACCUGCACGUCGCCGGGCUUCAUUGCACACCUGUCCCGCCCCGUGACGUUCCUCGUGUGCUCCGGGACGGUGUCCAUGCGCGCCGCCACUCACGGGCUCGUGGUCAACAUCAUACACUCGCUGUGCACCUGCACGUCGCCGGGCUUCAUUGCACACCUGUCCCGCCCCGUGACGUUCCUCGUGUGCUCCGGGACGGUGUCCAUGCGCGCCGCCACUCACGGGCUCGUGGUCAACAUCAUACACUCGCUGUGCACCUGCACGUCGCCGGGCUUCAUUGCAUACCUGUUCCACCCCGUGACGUUCCUCGUGUGCUCCGGGACGGUGUCCAUGCGCGCCGCCACUCACGGGCUCGUGGUCAACAUCAUACACUCGCUGUGCACCUGCACUUCGCCGGGCUUCAUUGCACACCUGUCCCGCCCCGUGACGUUCCUCGUGUGCUCCGGGACGGUGUCCAUGCGCGCCGCCACUCACGGGCUCGUGGUCAACAUCAUACACUCGCUGUGCACCUGCACGUCGCCGGGCUUCAUUGCAUACCUGUUCCGCACCGUGACGUUCCUCGUGUGCUCCGGGACAGUGUCCAUGCGCGCCGCCACUCACGGGCUCGUGGUCAACAUCAUACACUCGCUGUGUACUUGUACCUCGCCGGGCUUCAUUGCAUACCUGUUCCACCCCGUGACGUUCCUCGUGUGCUCCGGGACGGUGUCCAUGCGCGCCGCCACUCACGGGCUCGUGGUCAACAUCAUACACUCGCUGUGCACCUGCACGUCGCCGGGCUUCAUUGCACACCUGUCCCGCCCCGUGACGUUCCUCGUGUGCUCCGGGACGGUGUCCAUGCGCGCCGCCACUCACGGGCUCGUGGUCAACAUCAUACACUCGCUGUGCACCUGCACGUCGCCGGGCUUCAUUGCACACCUGUCCCGCCCCGUGACGUUCCUCGUGUGCUCCGGGACGGUGUCCAUGCGCGCCGCCACUCACGGGCUCGUGGUCAACAUCAUACACUCGCUGUGUACUUGUACCUCGCCGGGCUUCAUUGCAUACCUGUUCCACCCCGUGACGUUCCUCGUGUGCUCCGGGACGGUGUCCAUGCGCGCCGCCACUCACGGGCUCGUGGUCAACAUCAUACACUCGCUGUGCACCUGCACGUCGCCGGGCUUCAUUGCACACCUGUCCCGCCCCGUGACGUUCCUCGUGUGCUCCGGGACGGUGUCCAUGCGCGCCGCCACUCACGGGCUCGUGGUCAACAUCAUACACUCGCUGUGCACCUGCACGUCGCCGGGCUUCAUUGCACACCUGUCCCGCCCCGUGACGUUCCUCGUGUGCUCCGGGACGGUGUCCAUGCGCGCCGCCACUCACGGGCUCGUGGUCAACAUCAUACACUCGCUGUGCACCUGCACGUCGCCGGGCUUCAUUGCACACCUGUCCCGCCCCGUGACGUUCCUCGUGUGCUCCGGGACGGUGUCCAUGCGCGCCGCCACUCACGGGCUCGUGGUCAACAUCAUACACUCGCUGUGCACCUGCACGUCGCCGGGCUUCAUUGCACAGCUGUCCCGCCCCGUGACGUUCCUCGUGUGCUCCGGGACGGUGUCCAUGCGCGCCGCCACUCACGGGCUCGUGGUCAACAUCAUACACUCGCUGUGCACCUGCACGUCGCCGGGCUUCAUUGCACACCUGUCCCGCCCCGUGACGUUCCUCGUGUGCUCCGGGACGGUGUCCAUGCGCGCCGCCACUCACGGGCUCGUGGUCAACAUCAUACACUCGCUGUGCACCUGCACGUCGCCGGGCUUCAUUGUUCCAGAAUAG